CCGCAGCCUGGAAAAUACCGAGCCCCGGGGAGCGGAGCCCCCGAGCCCCCAAGCCUAGCCCGGAGGGAGGGAGGGUGGAAGGGAGGAGGCGCGCGGGGCGAGGGGGCACGGGGCGGGGCCGGGCGGCGGGACCCACUGCUCCUCCUCCCGGACCCCCCUCGCGCGGCCCCGGUAGCCCGAGCAGCGGCAGCAGCGGUGGCGGCGGCUGAGAAGCUCGCACCCCGGGCCCUGGCGGGUCCCAGCGGAGCAGAGGGCACAGGUCCCAGGAAGGUGGCGUCAGCAUCUGCAGCCGCGUCGACGUUGUCGGAGCCUCCGCGGAGGACCCAGGGGAGCCAGACUGGGACCAGGGCCCUGGGCCUCCCCAUGGAGAAGUCUGCUGCCUCAACGGAGCCCCAAGGGCCUCGGCCAGUCUUGGGCCGCGAUAGUGUCCAGGUGCCCGACGACCAGGACUUCCGCAGUUUCCGGUCAGAGUGUGAGGCCGAGGAGGGCUGGAAUCUGACCUACAGCAAGGCCGGCGUGUCUGUGUGGGUGCAGGCUAUGGAGAUGGAUCGGACCCUGCACAAGAUCAAGUGCCGGAUGGAGUGCCGCGAUGUGCCAGCUGAGACACUCUAUGAUGUCCUACACGACAUUGAAUACCGAAAGAAGUGGGACAGCAACGUCAUUGAGACUUUCGACAUUGCCCGCUUAACAGUCAACGCUGACGUGGGCUAUUACUCUUGGAGGUGUCCAAAGCCCCUGAAGAACCGUGAUGUCAUCACCCUCCGCUCCUGGCUCCCCAUGGGCACUGAUUACAUCAUUAUGAACUACUCAGUCAAACAUCCUAAAUACCCGCCUCGGAAAGACUUGGUCCGAGCUGUGUCCAUCCAGACGGGCUACCUCAUCCAGAGCACGGGGCCCAAGAGCUGCGUCAUCACCUACCUGGCCCAGGUGGACCCCAAAGGGUCCUUACCCAAGUGGGUAGUGAAUAAAUCUUCUCAGUUCCUGGCUCCCAAGGCCAUGAAGAAGAUGUACAAGGCGUGCGUCAAGUAUCCUGAGUGGAAGCAGAAGCAUCAGCCUCACUUUAAGCCGUGGCUACAUCCGGAGCAGAGCCCGUUGCCGAGCCUGGCGCUGUCGGAGCUCUCCGUGCAGCACGCGGACUCGCUGGAGAACAUCGAUGAGAGCGCGGUGACAGAGAGUCGGGAGGAGCGCUUGGGCGGUGCAGGCGGCGAGGGCAGCGAUGACGACACCUCGCUCACCUGAGCGUGGCACCACCACAGGGACCUAGACAAGAUGGAGUGGGGCCAGGGGUGGCAGAUCCUCCCGCGCUUUCUGCCCUCCCCCACCCCCUGCGCCUCAGAGGGACGCUGGGCUAGGGCCCAGGCUGGCUCUGCGGCCUGGCUGGACACAGCCCCAAUAAACGAUCCCACAGCCUCA